AUGGCUUCCAAAAUCCUCCAUAUCCCUGUCAUUUACAACCUCAAACAAGCAUCUACUUUCUCACUGUCCAGUUCAUUUUCUGCACCACAAUAUCAUCAUCCUAAAUCAACAAGUAUCCCACCGAGAUGCACUCUCCCAAACCCACCUGCCACGAAAGAAGAAGCCAUCCUUCAAGCAAAGACAUCGCUCUUGUCCGCCAUAGAGAAAAACCCGAAAAAGCUCAAGAAAAUAAAGCAGCCGAGGUUUCGGGUUGAAAUCCCGGUUAUUGACGACUCGCCGAAUUCACUUUCUCAAUUGGCUCUCCAGGUGUUCGGCGAAAUGCCCAUGAGAAGAAAAGGCCAGAAAAUGAAGGUUGUUUUGUUGUGGGGCAACGAGGAUUUAACACAAGCUGCGGUUAAGGCCUUUGGUUGUGUCUCCUGUGUCCAGAAUGUGGACAUUGCGUCAUCUAAUCUGGUGGAUGAAGAUAUCCGGUCAGCUGACAUGGCAGUAUUUAUGGCGCCUGAGGCCUCCCGGCUGGCAGUCAUGAAGACGGUUGGUGACAGCUUGUACCCGAAGCCUUUGGUGAUUUUGAAUCCCGGGUGGAGUUUUGAGGAGGAGAUUGAUUUGGGAGGCUUUGCGGGGUCGUUCCAUGUGAUUUAUUCGUUCAUGGGGUUGGAGGUUAGGGGUAUAUUCAGCAGUAGAAAAGGGGUAAUCUUCAACUGUACUGGGGACACAUGGCAUGUGUUUGUGGAGGAAGACGGGGAACUGAGAGCCGUUUCAAGUUUCAAAUCUCGGCCGUCCAUGCCGGAGGUCGAGAAUGUCUUGUAUAAUCUGAUGGCUGUUAAUUCCCCGGUUACUAAGUCGGCUAGGUUCUUGAGAGAUUUGGUUUCCAAUGUCAUUGGGAGAAAUAAGUAA